CAAAACAAAAGAGAAGGAGACUUCGAGCACCUUCUCCCUCAGUCCGUCUCAUCCUCUCAAACGAAGCUUUUCCAGUUUUCCUCCCCAAAUCAGAGAGAAACCCUAGGUUACAUGGUCUCCCCCACCGCUGCCGCCGUCCGUGGCGCUCAGGCACCAGUUUGUCCGCGCUUCUUCAGUUCUUCCUCAUUCAACAAUCGGAGCGUCACUGCUCGUCGUCAGUGGUCUUCGUCUUCCUCGAGCUCGUGGUCGAAGUCUCGAACAGUCCAAAGCCUCUCCGUCGUCCAACCCCUCUCCAACAGUUCAACCCGUCUGCCCUUCCUCGUGCUUCUGCCCCUCUGCUCAGACUGCUCAGAAUGAAGGCAAUGUCUUCAUUUUUUUUUAAUUAUUCGUUCUCUGUUCAUGGUUCUUUUGUUCUCUGUUCUUCAGUUCUGCUUGUGCUACCCAAAUUGAAAUUUGAAUUAUUGAAUGAUUAGCUAUGCUUGAUUGAAUCAUUGAAUGAUUAGUUGAUUUUAGUCCUGUGUCUUCGUUUCUGUAGUGUAUUGUCCUCACUCCUCUGUUUUCUUGCUUUGGAUUGAAUCAUUGAAUGAUUAGUUUAUUUUAGCUUACAGGGUAAUCUUUGUUAACAUUGUGAUGAAAUCUUGCUAAAAUUGUGAAGAGCUAAAAACUUUAUUAAUCUUCCAUUCUUUAUUAAAGUUUGGUUAAAAGUUGUCAGAAAAGAAGUAAAUUAUGCUAAAAAUGUAAUCUUUAUUAAAAUUAGAAUCAGUUUUUCCACUUUUUUGUCAGGAAAGAAGUAAAUUGAUCAUGAUCAGCCUUUUAAUUCAAUGAAGGAAUAUAAAUUGAAUUAACUCAAAUAUAUGAAAAUUUUGACUUUUGAGUUUAUACUUUAAAAAUAUUAUAAGAUUUUGGUUGAUGUAGGGUUUUAAAUUUGGAUGAUAUUUGAACAUUUAUAUCAGCAUAUAAUUAUGUUUUAGUAUAUUUAUUUAUAUUUUAUAUAUUAUUUUAUUAUAAAACAGUUUUUCGGUUGAACCAACAGUUGAAUCAAUUGGAUCAGUAAACCAAUAACUAGAACAGUUUGAUUACUGGUUUGGUUUUCAGAACUUGGUUUUACUCAAGAAAUAAAAAUCUUGGGCUCACUUCUAUUCCAUGGCGCUGUUGUGACAGAAAACUUGCUAACACUGAAUCAUGUUCUUCCUUUCACUUCAUCCUCAUCUAUCUCUCAACUCAUCAACGCAUUCAUACUCUUACACUUGCAUUUUCUCUUCAUUCAACAACAACAAUCAGAAUCAGCAUCACCAUCACCAUCCCAAUUCCAUUCCAAUACCCAAAGACCCCAACAAUUCUCAUUAUGAUGCUUCCUCCAUCACCAUCAAAGUCAAAGCUCCAACACCUCCAUGGAUAAAGGGUCCCCUUCUUCUCCAACCUCACGACGUCCUUGACCUCUCUAAGCCCAAAAACAAGAGGCUCAGCAAGCGCCACAUGGAUAAAGAAGAAGAAGAAUCUGAGCGUGUUGAUAAGGCCCUCCAUGGGAAAGAGGUCAGAGGGAAGAAGGUCAUGAAGAGAAUCGCCAGAAGCAUCGAGAGACUUAGGAGAAAUCGUAAUUCAGCUGAGACCCAAUUGAGUUCUUCUGCAAAAGAAGAAAGCUUUGGAGGGUAUUUGGAGAAAUUGGAGGAGAAUGUUAUGGUUAGGAGCAAGGAGAGAAUGCCUUGGGAGAGGAAUGUUUCUGUGAUGGAUUCUUCAGCAAAAGAUAAAAACUUUGAUGGGUAUUAUGGUAAAUUGGAGGAGAAUGGUGAUGAUGAUGAGGAGCAGGUUAGGAGGAGGAAGAGGAGAAUGCCAUGGGAGAAGGAUGAGAAGAGUGUUUUAUUUGCGAGGUUGAAGAAGGAAAAGCCCGUGACCGCUGCUGAUUUGACUCUUGAUGAAGUGCUUCUUAAGAGGCUUAGGAGUGAGGCUGCAAAGAUGAGAAUUUGGGUGAAGGUUAAGAAACUUGGUGUUACACAAGACGUUGUGGAUGAAAUCAAAAGGACUUGGAGGAACAAUGAGCUUGCCAUGCUUAAAUUUGACAUCCCCUUAUGCAAGAAUAUGGAUAGAGCCCGAGAAAUUGUUGAGAUGAAGACUGGUGGUUUGGUUGUUUGGAGUAGAAAGGAUACUCAUGUUGUAUACCGAGGAUGCAAUUAUCAGUUGACUUCUAGAAGUUCUCCAAAGGUUUAUCCUCGCUAUAUUCAUGGACAAACUAAAAGUCCUUAUGAAACGAACAUGGUGGAGUCAGUUAAAUCCAACAAUACUAGUGACAUGCCAAGCGGGAAUGGUAACAAUAAUGCUUCCACAUCAACUUGCAUUCAAGAAGUGCAUUGCAGUGGAUCAUUGUAUGAGAGGGAGACUGAUAGAUUAUUGGAUGACUUAGGGCCUCGGUUCGUUGAUUGGUGGUAUCCCAAGCCACUUCCAAUAGAUGCUGAUCUACUUCCAGAAGUGGUUCCUGGAUUUAAGCCUCCAUUUAGGCUGUGUCCACCUUAUUCAAGUGCAAAAAUUACUGAUUAUGAGUUAACAUUCUUCAGGAAGCUUGCUAAACCUUUGCCAGUCCAUUUUGUCCUUGGAAGGAACAGAAGACUUCAAGGCUUAGCUGCUGCUAUCCUAAAGUUGUGGGAGAAGAGUCUUAUUGCAAAAAUUGCUAUCAAGUUUGGAAUUCCAAAUACCGACAAUGAAUUGAUGGCCAAUGAACUAAAGCUUCUAACCGGGGGAGUUACGUUGCUGCGUAACAAGUAUUACAUAAUUCUCUACAGGGGAAACGAUUUCCUUCCUAGCAAUGUUGCAUCUUUGGUGGAAGAGAGAGAAUUGGAACUUAAAAGUUGCCAACUUUCUGAAGAAGUUGCACGGAUGAGAGCAAAUGAAGCCGUUUCUUCUAGUGAUUAUGCACAACAAGAAACAAGUACAAGUGGAACUUUAACAGAAUUUGAGGAAAUCCAAACGAAGCUUGAGGAUGUAAAAAAUGGCAAUGCAGAUUUAAAUAUUCAACUGGAAGCAGAAAUAUAUAGAUUGGAGAGGCAAUUGAAAGAGCAACAGCGCAAAGCUUUAAUUAUUAGCAAGAAAAUAGAGAGAUCGACAGAGGAACUAGCAAAGUUAGAUGCUGCAUGGACUCCUGCAGAGAAGGAUGCAGACGUAGAAAUCAUGACUGAUGAGGAGAGACAAUGUUUCCAAAAGAUAGGAUUGAAGAUGAGUGGUUUAUUAGUGCUUGGUAGGCGUGGAAUCUUUGAUGGUGUAUUGGAAGGCCUACACCAGCACUGGAAACACAGAGAAGUUGUAAAGGUCAUCACAAAGCAGAGACUAAUCAGUCGGGUCAUAUACACUGCGAAAAUGCUGGAGACUGAGAGUGGUGGAAUCUUGGUUUCAGUUGACAAACUCAAAGAGGGGCAUGCAAUCAUUAUCUACCGUGGUAAAAACUAUAAAAGGCCUUCAGAAAAGGUAGCAAAAAAUCUCCUAACCAAAAGAAAAGCAUUGCAAAGAUCUCUUGAAAUGCAGAGACUCGGAUCACUGAAGUUUUUUGCUCAUCAGAAACAGCAGACUAUCUCCGAUUUGAAGCUAAAAUUGGGUGAACUGCAGCAGAAAAAGGAAGCCAAGCAGCGCAAAACUGACAAUUAAUGCGCUGUUAAGAUAUUGAGGACUAAUUAUAAGCCCUCGGAUUUGAAUAUCCUCUAUGCUGAUUGCUGAAUGAUCCUCAAAUCAUAUAGCUCUCUUAGUUGAAGUUUCGCUGCAUGAAAAAUAGAUCAUGGAAAAAGGAAGCAAAGACUUUCUUUACAACAAAGGUUGCAAGGCUACUAAUUUUUGCUGAAAAGUCCAAAUGUUGUCUAGAAAUUAGAUUAGUUUUUUUCUAAUAUAAAAUUGUAACUUUUUUAAAUGUUUAUUUUGGAAGUUGAAUUUAUUUUUUUUA